GAGCUGCCGGGGCACGUUCUCCCUGCGCUGCCGGCGCCCCUUCUCCGGGCUGGGCUCUCCCCUGCUCCCCGGGACGUGCCUCUGCCCUCACCCGCCUCUUCUCCUGCCUGUGACUGCGACUCCCGGCGAUCUCUGGUUCGUCCUGCUCUGCCAUACUCAUUUGCUCUCCACGCGUGCACCUUUUCGGAGGUGUGCCCCGGAGGAGAGACAGUCUGUCUCCUGUCUGGCUGGGGGGAAGGAACGGUUACGGAACUGAGAUGGAAAUAUGGCAGUAUCCUCUAGGCAAUGGGCACAAAUAGACGUGCUGCAGGCCCCGUGAUUGUCAGCUGUAAUAAAUGUCAGGAAGACGGGAGACAGAUGUAAUUCUCUUACCUGGUGAUGCAAAUUCAAGGGAGUGAAGAACCGCUGUCACACGGAUUUAAAUCUCAUUGCAGGCAGUGGCUGUGGACUCCGGGACAGCUGUUUGGUGUCUCUUCACAGAUCUGUAACCGCUGACCUCUUCAAACAGCACUUCUGGACCUGCUGACAGCCUCUGCUACUCAGCCUUACCUAGUGCAAUGUCCGGCCAUCACACUCCCUCUGCUGGGGGUCCCUUCUCAGCACUCACUCCCAGCAUUUGGCCUCAGGACAUCCUGGCAAAAUACACACAGAAAGAAGAAUCCGUCGAGCAGCCAGAGUUUCGCUAUGAUGAAUUCGGUUUCCGAGUUGACAAGGAAGAUGGUGCUGAGCCAAACUCCAGCAAGCUUCUGGGGGUCCCACUGACGGAGGAACCGCAGCAGAGGCUCAAGUGGCAGGCUCAUCUGGAAUUCACACACAACCAUGACGUGGGCGACCUCACCUGGGACAAAAUUGAAGUUACCCUACCCCAUUCAGACAAGCUGCGCUCCCUGGUGCUAGCUGGCAUCCCACAUAGCAUGAGGCCACAGCUGUGGAUGCGCCUUUCAGGGGCUUUGCAGAAGAAGAGGAACUCAGAGAUGUCAUAUCGGGAUAUUAUAAAAAACAGCUCUAACGAUGAAACCAUUGCUGCCAAACAGAUUGAAAAGGACUUGCUACGCACAAUGCCCAGCAAUGCCUGCUUCUCCAACAUGAACAGUAUCGGAGUGCCAAGGCUACGCAGGAUACUACGGGGACUUGCCUGGCUCUACCCAGAGAUUGGAUAUUGUCAGGGCACUGGCAUGGUGGCUGCUUCUCUGCUGCUCUUCUUGGAGGAGGAAGAUGCCUUCUGGAUGAUGUGUGCUAUCAUUGAGGAAUUGGUUCCUGCCUCCUACUUCAGUACCACUCUCAUGGGCGUGCAGACAGACCAGCGUGUCCUGCGGCAGCUCAUCGUGCAGUACUUGCCUCGCCUGGACAAGCUGCUUCAGGAGCAUGACAUUGAGCUCUCCUUGAUCACCUUGCACUGGUUCCUCACCUCUUUUGCUAGUGUUGUCCACAUCAAGCUGCUGCUGCGUAUUUGGGACCUCUUCUUCUACGAGGGCUCUCUGGUGCUGUUCCAAGUCACUUUGGGCAUGCUAAGUAUGAAGGAGGAUGAGCUAAUCCAGUCGGAGAAUUCUGCCUCCAUCUUCAACACGCUCUCAGACAUCCCCAGUCAGAUUGAAGACGCAGAUGUGUUGCUGCGGGAGGCCAUGCGCGUGGCUGGCUCGCUGACAGACGUGGCAGUGGAGACCCAGCGCCGCAAACACUUGGCCUACCUCAUUGCUGAGCAAGGGCAGCUGCUCAACUCCAGCACCACCGUCAACAAUUUAUCCAAAAUUGUGCGGCGCAGGACUCAGCGCAGGAAAUCUGGCAUCACCUCUCUGCUUUUCGGGGAUGAUGAUCUGGAGGCACUGAAAGCCAAGAACAUCAAGCAGACGGAGCUGGUGGCUGAUCUGCGUGAGGCCAUUCUCCAGGUGGCACGGCACUUCCAGUGUGUGGAUCCCAAGAACUGCAGCAUUGAUCUGACUCCAGACUACAGCAUGGAGAGCCACCAGCGGGACCACGAGAACUACGUGGCCUGUUCUCGCAACCGCCGCCGGCGAGCCAAGGCACUGCUGGACUUUGAGCGCCACGAUGACGAUGAGCUGGGCUUCCGCAAGAACGACAUCAUCACGAUCAUUUCCCAGAAGGAUGAGCACUGUUGGGUGGGAGAGCUGAAUGGACUGAGAGGUUGGUUUCCUGCAAAAUUUGUGGAAAUCUUGGAUGAGCGGAGUAAAGAGUACUCCAUUGCUGGAGAUGACUCAGUCACGGAAGGAGUGACCGACUUGGUGCGAGGAACGCUUUGUCCAGCCUUGAAGUCCAUAUUUGAACAUGGAUUGAAGAAGCCAUCUCUGCUGGGAGGGCCCUGCCACCCUUGGCUGUUCAUUGAAGAGGCUGCAAGCCGCGAAGUGGAACGGGACUUUGACUCUGUGUAUUCUCGCCUUGUGCUCUGCAAGACUUACAGGCUUGAUGAAGAUGGCAAAGUCCUCACUCCAGAGGAGCUGCUUUACCGGGCAGUUCAGGCUGUGAACAUGACACACGAUGCUGCACAUGCACAGAUGGACGUGAAGCUUCGUUCUCUCAUCUGUGUUGGACUCAAUGAGCAGGUGCUGCAUUUGUGGCUGGAGGUGCUGUGCUCAAGCCUGCAGACCGUGGAGAAGUGGUUCCAUCCCUGGUCAUUCCUGCGCAGUCCCGGCUGGGUGCAGAUCAAAUGUGAGCUGAGGGUCCUCUGCAAAUUUGCCUUCAGCCUCUCUCAGGACUGGGAGCUGCCAAUAAAGAGGGAGGAGAAGGAGAAGAAACCACUGAAGGAAGGAGUGCAGGACAUGCUCGUGAAGCACCAUCUCUUCAGCUGGGACAUAGAUGGGUGACCCCCACCCCACCCCAUCCUGGGAAACCUUCUCGACUGCACACACUCCUCUCCCCCACCCCUGUCAUGUCUCACCCCUUGCCCUCCCCCACCCCACUCACUUGUAUCUGUGACAAAAUCCCCCUCGGGAGGGGGCUGCCAGACCACCUGGGACAGAUGGCAGCAGCGCCAAGAGGCCAAGCCGCCAACCCAAGGGAGGUGAUGGUCGAGGGUAGUGCUGCAAAGGGACAAGUGUGUUCUGGCUACAAAAACCAAGUGCCCCGCUCCCAGCUUUCUGCAUCUCUGCUAUCCCCAUCUUCUGCUUGCCUCAGCCCUGCCUCCCCACCAGAGCCUGGGGGAACAGCCUGGCCAGAGCACCUCGUGCCCCAUGGACCAGCAGCUGUGUGGGUGUGUGAGCGUGGCUGUGGCUGUGGGGACAGCCCUUGCAGGGUGGCUUUGAUGUGUGAAAGCUGGAGACGUUGGCACUUGGCACUGCAGGUGCAUGUGGAGUUGGGCUGGUGAGAGACUCAUUGCUGUAGAGGAGCAGAGAGAGCACAUCCCCUCCCCAUGCCAGCCAAGGGCUCCCCUCUGUGGGGGGGACACUUGGACAAGUUCCUUUGGCCUGGAGCCGGGGCUGAGAAGGGGGAACUGCCAUCAGCAUCAUCCCACCUCCCCAGCACUGCUGUGUGGGGUGUUGACAAGAGUUGCCCAAGUUUACCAGCUUGUUACCACUGUAACAGCCUUAGGGGAUGGUCCUUGUCUCCUCUGGGAGCAGACAAAAACCUCUCCCCUAAACAAGUGUUUCAUGCUGUCAUUUUAGUCUCUAGAUGAUUUUUACUGUUAACCAAAAAGCUGUAAAUUUACUCCAGGAACGUGUAUAUUUUGGCACUGUUGUAGCUCAGGACAAGGUUUAAGUUGGAGCUGGCUCAGGGAGACUUAACUCAUCCUCCUCGCCCUGCAGUGGCAGUGGGGACAUGGGUCAGGAGUGGAGAAUUGCUGCUUUGUGGUGGUGGCUCUGGAUAUGGAGUCUGUGACUUUCUACUGAAAGCGCUUGUCUGUGAGCACAAACUACUCAUGGGAUGACACUAGAUUCUUACUUUCCUUUAUUUGGUGGGUUUGUAAAUAAAAACUGCAUCUUGGGAGA